CUGCUGUUACCGGCACCGAGUUCUUUCCUUUGCUGCUAGUAGCACUUCAGCCGGAGCAAUGGAUGUGCGCGUCUCAUACUUGCUGGUAUCCGCGCUGUUGGUAGUUACGGCGAAGCCGAGUACUAACAGACUGGAUGCGUGGACUCCACGUAAAGAGGUACACGGCCGCAUCGUAGGUGGCCACCCGGCAGGUGUCGGCCAGUUCACUCACCAGGCUCUUGUGCUUGCCGACGAGAAGUAUAUUAGUGCCGGGUCCCUCAUCACCUCAACUGCAGUCCUCACCGCAGCACACAAUAUCGUUGGGUACAGCAAGUGGACCGUCCGCCUGGGAGGCAUCUACCGGAAUCAGGAUGAGUCCACCGCCUGGAUCGCGGUCUCAAGCUGGGCCCAGGUGCACCCAGAAUUCAACACGUCAUCCUAUUACAGUUAUGACGUGGCUGUCAUAUUCCUGCCCGAGGAAGCUCCUCUGAACAGCUACAUCAACGUGGUGGCGUUACCUUCUGUUCUCGAGGUCAACGAAUCCUUCGUGGGACAACGCGCUCAGGUCAGCGGCUGGGGAUAUAUUAAUGAGAGUGAACCUUGCUGUCCGCAGAAUCUUCUAUGGACUGAGGUGACGGUUGUUCCCAACACAGUAUGCAGUGAGUUCUACAGUGCAGGCUACAUUACUGAAAGUACGCUAUGAGCUGGAAACGACUACAAUGGCAUUUGCGCUGGAGAUAGUGGCACUGCUCUGGUUCUCAAGACCGACGGAGGGUUCAAGCAGAUCGGGGUAGCCAGCUAUCUGACGAAGAGCUGCGGCGCUGCCGGGGUGCCCGGCGCCUACACGAGGGUCACAUCCGUACUUGACUGGAUCACCAAGACGGCCCAGAUCAGCGUCUAGCGAGAAGCUGGCUCUGCUUGCCGCCCAGCUCCCAACUGACGCCGUCUCACUUCUCUGACAAUUUCAAAGCAAAUGCUUCGACUGCGGUUCUGUCUCUGCUCUACCAGAAACCUGGUGAUGGGGUUACUGGAUCCUAAUUACAAUAAAAACACAUCAGGAUAGUACAUUUAGUAAUGGUGAAAAAAUAAUACGGUAGAAUAUAUUUACAAUAUGUUGUAAUUCUCUAAUGUACCCUGCUCUAUCGAAUAAACGACUGUUUAUUUCUUCACAACAGAGAA